CCGGGAAAACUCAACAGAAGUGCAAAAUUCAAUCAUCUCAACGUUUUUUGAGAUAUCUGGAAAACCUGCUUAAUAAUCGAGGGAAGAAUGAUUCGUUGCUGCCGCAGAUCUUUUACGAGUAAAUUUCAUUCCAUCAUCUCCCAGCAUUUAUAUCCAGUUCAACUUCAACCGAUUCGCACCAACUCAACCCGCGGUUUCAACCUUAGAGAUUCUGACAGAGAAGAUGACGAGGAUGACGAAAACGGAUGCAGUUCUUCUGGGACGGAGGUUAAAAUCGCAAAGGAUAAAAUACAGUUAUUCAAAAGCCGAGGUCAACACCUCCUCACUAACCCGCGAGUUCUUGAUACAAUCGUUCGAAGGUCAGAGAUCAAUCAAACUGAUACCGUUUUAGAAAUCGGACCCGGCACCGGAAAUUUGACUAUGAAGCUCCUUGAAGCUGCUAAGAAUGUUGUAGCGAUCGAAAUAGAUAAGCGAAUGGUGGAAAUUCUUCACAGACGGGUUUCUGAGCGAGGUUGUGGAAGUCGGCUAACUGUGAUCAAUAAUGAUGCAUUGAAGGCUGAGUUUCCGCCAUUUGAUCUUGUUGUAGCCAAUAUUCCGUUUGGAAUUUCCUCACCUUUGGUGGCCAAGUUUUUGUUCGGAGGAAGUAAGUUCAGAAAUGCAACACUUCUGAUUCAGAAGGAGUUUGCAAGGAGGCUGUUGGCAGAUCCUGGAGAGUCUGAAUACAACAGAUUAGCUGCAAAUGUGAAGCUGGUGGCCGAUGUCGAAUUUGUUAUGGAUGUAAGCAAGAGGGAUUUUUUGCCUGUUCCUAAAGUCGAUUGUUCCGUGGUUAAAAUCCAUCCUAAAGAUUAUAUUCCAACGGUUCAUGAGGGUUUCAAUUUGAAUGAAUGGUGGGCAUUUACGAGGGUUUGCUUUAGCAAGAAGAAUAAGACCUUGGGUGCAACGUUUAAGAAGAAGAGGAAGUUGAUGGAAUUGAUGAAAUUAUCCAAAAGUGAUGUAAAACCCGAAAAUUUUGAGCUAUGUGAUGAUGGAUCAGACUCGGAGCUUGAUGAUAACGGACAUGACAGCAAAACGAAAAAUGAUUCACCAUCGAACUCAAAAGAUGGAAUGAGCCUUUUUAAGGAUAAAGUUAUGGACAUUUUAAGAUCAGCAGGGUGCGAGAGUAAGAGACCUUCAAAGCUGUCGAAUGAGGAACUGCUGCAUUUGUUGUAUUUGUUUAACCAAGCAGGGAUAUACUUUUAUGACCAAUCACAGCUCAAGGAUGCAACAGAAGAUGCGUUUGAGGCAUCUUAUGAUCCAAUGUAGCUGGCUUUGACUAGUUUGUCAAGUACUCCCUCCGUCCCAAAAUUAUUGUCCAGUUUGAGAUUUCACUUUUAGUACAAUUUGAACUAAAAAUGAAAACUCAAACUGAACAAUAAUUAUGGGACGGAGGGAGUAGUAUUUUAAAUGGUGUUGUCGCCGCAACCAGUUGCAUACUACUUUCUGGCUAUGUUGAAAGUAGAAAAGCUGGCUGGGAUGAUCCCAGAGGGCCAAGACAGAUGUACUACCGCGCUUUUCGCUGAGUUUUGGAUGAUUAUGUCUGUGAGUUUUGUAUCUCUGAUGUUCAUUGAUUGGUUGGAUUGAAGCUUAAGGUGCUGCACAUUAGCUAGCCUUUCAAUCCAUACUUACACAUAUUUCAGGGAUCCUUUUCAUGAAACAAAGUUCAUGAAGAUGUUUC